AUGCCUCUCCAAACCAAACGCUCGCCCCGCGCCUCAGCGCCCGACACCACCGGCCUUCGCCCGCGCUUCCCGAUGCCCAACUCCUCCACCGAAGACUUCGACAACCCGCCCCGCCAGCCCGUCCCGCCGAAGAUCGCCGCCCGCAUCAACAGCUCGUCAGGCACGACGCGCGCGCGGCCGCUCUCGACGAUGCCGCAGCUCGUGCACGCGCACCCCGGCCCGCUGAAGCGCGACGACGCGCCGCUGCGCGUGCGGACCAAGGCGCGGCUGACGCGGAUGGCGCACAAGGUGAAGAAGCUGGUGCUGGGGCGCAAGCGGGCGGGCUGCCCGAGCGCGGAGGAGGCGCAGUGCGCGUGUGUGUUGUAUGCGCCGGAUGGGUGGAGGUGGUGCGCGUAUGACGAGCAUGUCGCUGAGGCGUUGAGUGGGAAGGGAGGGAGGGGGUAUGUGGAUCUGACUGAUUUGUUUUGGAUUGGGGUGCUGACGGUUUGUAGAUGA